AUGGCGCAGAAGAUGACGGCAGAAGAGACGAAGGUGAGGCGGAGACGAGGCGUUCAAAGGAGGCUACGCCGGUGCUUCGUCUUCAGUAGGGGCUCCAUUGUUCCGUGGAGUGGAGUUAUGGGAGAUUCGGACUUCACUAUUGAGGUCCACCACGGUGAAAAUUUUGUUGAUAAGGGACAUGGGUUAGAGUAUUUAGGUGAAGUAGUUGUAGAUGAUUUGCAUUUUGAUGUUGAUGAAUGGUAUUUGCAAGAGAUUGUGAGUGAGCUAAAGAAACUAGGGUAUAAGGGAUAUGCCAGGUUAUGGUAUAAGGAACCAGAGCUGGAUUUGAACUCAAGGCUUAGAGAGAUGAAGUCUGAUGGAGAUGUGAUGAGAAUGACUAAGUCGUUGGUGUUUGGUUCUGUGAAGCAUUGUGAGGUGUAUGUUGUUGAUAGAGUCAAAGAGGAUAAAGGGAUUGAAAUUACUUCUAGUGAUGUUGAUUAUAUGCCAGAAGAAGGUGAGGACAGUGAUAGUGGGUUGUUAGAGGUUGAAGUGGAUGCUGAGUCAGAGCCUUCUACCAAGGAAGAGGCAUUUGAUGAUAGUGCUGACGAUGGUGAUCAUGAGGGUCACUUUGGGGUAGCUCAAGAUGAUGGAGGUUUAGGGGAGGUUGAUGAUCAAAUUGGGGACAUUUAUGAUGGAUUUAAAACUGAAGAUAUAGAUAGUUGUGAGAAAGAUUCUGAUGACAUGAUAAAGAAGAAGAGGUUUCCAAGAUACAGUGAGGCAGAGAUGAGUAGAGAAGACAUCAAGUUUAAGAAAAAUGACAAGGUGAAGUACAGAGUUGUUUGCAUUGGAAGAAAGUCAAAGUGCAAGAUUAAGACAUUAAAGCAUACAUGUGGAAGGAAUUACAGUAGCAGGCUUGCAUCAAGCAAUUGGAUAUCAAAGAAGAUUGCCAACAACAUUAGCCGAGGGGAGAAAAUGGAGCUUGCGAUCGUUAUUCAGACCAUUCAAGACAAAUAUAUGGCAAACAUCAAUGUUGGCAAGGCUUAUUGGCCAAGGUUUCUAAGAAUGUAUAUAUGCCUUGAUGCAGUGAAGCAAGGCUUCUUGGCAGGUUGCAAACCCAUUAUUGGAGUGGAGGGUGACCAUGGACAACAACUGUUGGUUAUUGUAAAGAGAGAUCCAAAUGACAACUAUUUUCUAAUUGUUAUGGCUGCAGUAGAUGUAGAGACCAAGGAUAGCUAG